GAAACCUGGGCCACACACCGGGCGCCGCAUCGGGAGCCUUCGUUUCGCCACGGUUCGGUUCAGUUCACUACCACGCUCGAAGGCCCACCACCACCCAAGUGCCCUCCCGUUCCUGAGUGGGAGAUGACGAGCCCAAUGGUGGCCACCCCGGUCCAGCUCCGCACAACCGGCCGCCUCACCUUCUGCUGCUCCUCCUUCCCCAGCGCACCAGGGACAGCCACCACCACCAGGCGGCCGCGGCGAUUCGCGGCGGCGAGGGCGUCCGCGGAGACGAUGGCGACGGAGAAGCUGGGCAUCAAGGUGGAGCGCAACCCGCCCGAGUCCCGCCUCUCCGAGCUCGGCGUCCGCCAGUGGCCCAAGUGGGGGUGCGACAAGAGCAAGUUCCCGUGGACCUACUCCGCCAAGGAGACGUGCUACCUGCUGCAGGGGAAGGUGAAGGUGUACCCCGAGGGUCACGGCGAGGAGUUCGUGGAGAUCGCCGCGGGGGACCUUGUCGUCUUCCCCAAGGGCAUGAGCUGCACCUGGGACGUCGCCGAGGCCGUCGACAAGCACUACAACUUCGAGUAGCCGCCGACGACGACGACGACGAUGUGUGGUAAGCGGUGGCAGUAAUUGGUGAUGGCCUAGUCCAAACGUUUGGAUUGCUCCCGCUAGCUUCCUAGUUCCUACCACGUGCUUGUAUUGUAGUCUUGCUGUGCUCUUGUACACUGAACCUCUGAUGCUCCAUUCAAGAGUUAAACAGCAUAAUAAAGCUCCGGAUUAGCGGACUACAAUGUUGCACUAUCUGUUCCAGAUUUGAGGCAGCGCACGCCUA